AUGACCUCUAUGCAGCUAUAUCAGACCUCCCUGUCUUGCGAGCCCUUCAUGAACCAACAUCUCCAAGACAUGUCGGGUUGCUGUAACACACAACAAAUGAACGACUGGUUUCUGGGAAGUGAAUCCGCUGGCAGCCUCUACCAAUCCAUCACCCCCAACCCCACCGGGCCCACGCUUGGCCUUGUACCGGCAGACGUAGGAGAAGAAAUAGAGCUUGCUUUUGAAGGGAAUACAGCCACCAACAUGCAACAAUGCUUAUCUCCACUUCCUACGUGCUUCGCAUACAACAGCUCCGUCACUCCGCCCUCCCCAGCAGCAGCCUCCCUUGACACAUCCACGAGCAGUAUAUCACCACCCACAGCCCUCUCUAAUGUCGAAGUCUCCUUGGCCUACCAGCACAACUUUUCGUCCCCCGUCUCCGCCUUCAACCAAGCCCGCCUCGCGCAAUAUGGUAUUCCUGUCAGUGACGGGCUCUGGCGUUGCGCUCACCUGGGUUGCACCUCGCAGGCUCGCUUCCGGAGAGGCUGUGACCUGCGGAAACAUUUCAAUAGACACCGCAAGCAAUUUCUGUGCCGGUAUAAUGGUUGUUCGAAAUCCAAACAGAGCGGUUUUUCGAGCAAAAAGGACCGGAAUCGCCAUGAGGCCAUGCACAAUCCUAGCAUCAUUUGCGAGUGUGAGGGAUGUGAGCGGGUAUUUAGCCGUGUCGAUAACAUGAAAGAUCAUGCGCGGCGGGUCCAUCGGCGCAUUGGGAAGAACCGAUGGGGUUAG